GCCGGCUCUCAUCAACCACUCAUUGCCGCUUGCUCCGGCCAUCCAGCUGUCCUCAGGCGUUCCGCACACGGGUGUGGUCGCGUUGUCGAGUGGCAAAUGCCGACCUCCACAACACCUUGAGCCGUACAUGCUGUACUGAUCGUUCAUGGUAUACAUCGUCCCUCUAAUCUCUAAUCUCAUAAUCGCUGUCAGUUUGGUCACAUCGUGGGCCAAAUGCGCCCUUCCGGCUGGCUUCAGGCUCGUGGACCGCGGGAAGUGCUUCAGUGGAGUUGACUCACCCACAAUCCCAAGGAAGGUGACUGUUAUCCUUCCAUGCCUCUCAUCAUCUCACUCAUCACGUCUCACACUCCUCACUCUCCUUGUGUUGUCCACUUUUCUCAGCACUCGUUGCUCCUCCUCAUCCUCGGUAUUCUAACUCAUCACUGUCAUCUCCACCGUCUCUUCGAUCCCAUCACUAUCGCCCUCCCAUCCCUUCAAGCAACACCUUCAAUUCCACGCUCACCACCGGCCUAAUGGCACUCGCCAAGAUGCCGCCAGGC